AUGGAUAAUGAUUCUAUUAGAGCUUUAGCCAAAUAUCAUCCAAAACAUCCAGAGCCGACUAAAUCUGCUGAACUAUUUGGAGCAAUCAAAGAGAGUAGCUAUCAGGAUCCUGAUCCUGAGAAUCAUGAGCAUUGGAGAACGGAGGAAGAAAGAAAAGAGAAAAGUUAUGAUGAAGAGCUUAAAAUUCUUAAAAGUUUCAUAUCUAAGAGAAGUGAAUGGUUCUUAAAAGAAGAAAAGAAAAAGUCAAGGAAAACUACUCCUACUGUGAAAUCAGGCGAAGAAUCUUCUUCACAACCGAAAAAGAAACAAAAGAAAGCAACUUCAAUGUCUUUGAUUGAUGAGCCUGAUGAAGAUGUUCCUGCUACGAAUGUUGAAAAGGAACAAGAGGUGUCUAGUGCUGAAAAUAUAGAAAUCAAUGCAGAUUUGUUCACGACUGAUACAGAUUUUGUUGAAAAUGUUGUGCAGACUGUCACUACUGACAUUCAGAAAGAAAAAGAGAAAGUGAUUGAUGAUAUUGAAGGUGAUGAUGUUGACAAAGACACGACUAGCUCUUCUAGUUCCUCAGAGGAUGAAGUUGUAGAUGAGUUUGAACGUCAGAGAAGGAUGGAGGAAGAGAUUGAAAAUGAAAGGCUACUAAGAAAAAGAAAGAGGCAAGAAGCAGAUGAUGAUGCUCCUUAUGUUCCGUCACCAGAGCAUGUCACAGAAUCUCAAUCAACUCCAAAAGUUAAAAGAAAAGCUGGUGGUCGUAAGAAAGCAACUCCAAUGAUACGAAUUUCUAAAAAACCUCAGAAGAUUGUACAGAAGAAGCAAUUAGAAAAGGAAAGUCAAAAACCUCCAACACCUCCACAUAUCUUCGGCACACCUCCACUCACCCAAGUACAACCUGGUUCUUCGAGUAAAGGUCUUCCGACACCGCAAGAUAAUCUACUAGACGUUGACUUCGACUUUGCAAAUAAUUCGCAAGUGUUGAAAUUGGAAAAGAAAAUAAAGAAUGUGAUAGCAGAGAACAAAAGGUUGGCAGCUGAGAACCAGAAGGCAACUGAUAGAGAAAAAUUGCUUGUGAAUCGUGUACAGGAGUUAGAAAAGAAAGUUGAAACAGAUCAAACGGAGAUGGAUAUUUUAAAGGUUCGUGUGUCUGAACUUGAAGAAGAGAAGAAUCGUCGAGAAAGUGAGAAUGAAUAUUACAAAUUGAAGAAUAAAGAGCUUACAUCAGCUAAGGCGUUACAUGAUCAUAAGUUCUACAUGCUGAAUAGGGUUGUUGAAAGUUUGCUUGGAAUGUCAGUUGAUCAAAAGUUUGAAGAGUUGAAGCUAGAAGACCUUCGUGCUGAACGUCAAGCAGAAUUAGAAAGGCAGAUGAAAGAUAAGGGUAAAGGGGUUGAAGGAAGUUCAGCUAUGCCUGAAAUGGCUCUUGUACCUUCGAUGGUGAUAGAUAAUCCUGAGCCUAUAUCUGCAGUUUCUGGCUUAUUCGAAGAAGAAACUCCAAUGCAUGAAUUAAUUGGUGGCGAAAAUGAAGAGGAUGAUGAAGAUGAUGAUGAGGAUGAGUUUGUAUAUUCUGCGAGCAGUCAUAGUUCUAAAGGUAAUGAUGAUGAUGACGCUGCAGGAGGUUCUGGUGUUAGGGUUACAGAAGCUGCUAAUGAAAAAGUCGUUGAUGAUCUGAUGAACGACACAGUGAAUGAAGAAAGUGGUGAAGCUUCUGGAAAGGGGGAGUCGGAUAAGACGCAGAUAGUAGAACACUCUGAACCUUUGUUCUUGCGUCUAGAUGUGUAUAAGGAGAUGUUGAAAGAUAAAGAUUACAAGUAUGAUUAUGUUGAAGAUGCUGAUCAAUAUGAUCGAGUUGAAGUAGAAGAAUGUUCUAAUAGUGAAGAUGUCCCUGAAGAUACGUCAAAGCUUCCAACUUUAAUGGAGUUCUUCACAGCAGAAAAUAGAGAAGAGUUGCGACAAAAGGUGACUGAAGCUGUAAAUGAUAAUGUGUUUGAAAAUCUGAAGAAAGAUGCUGAGAAAGAAAGUCAAUCAAAUGUUGAAAAAGAAGAUCGUUCAAAGUGGUUUAAAGACAGUCAUGAGAGAAAGUUCAAGAGGCCUUUGAAGUUUUUCCAACGUGAUAGAACUAUUUCUCUUGGCGACAUCAUAAGUUGGGGAUUUCUGCCUCAAGUGAACGCGUAUGUUAUUCGUAGGGAAUACGGCGUCCAAUAUUUCAAACGUCUAUAUGACAUUAUGUCAUUACCGUGGUGGGACGUCGAUGAAUUAUCUCAAGUAAGAAGCUUGCAUUAUUCUGUGAGGCAAAAUGAUAAGGCGAUGUGGGGUUAUAUUAAGUAUGAGACUCUAAAAGGUCUUCGGAAGUGGAAGCCUCAUCGUCCUAGACGUGUUCAAAGAGUAUAUCCAGUGACUGGUGUUACUGAAACAAUUCUGAAUGUAAAGCCUCCAAGAACCAUGACGACGAUUCCUUGCCUGAAAUGGAGCAGGAUUUUUAUAAAGGUUUUAUUGAUUGGGUCUACAGAUGUAUCACAACUGAAGCGAUUAUAA